CGUUCCUCCUUAUCUUUUUCAUUUUCACUCUCUUCUAUCUCCGUUUCCCCUUUCUCCUCUCUCAAACCCUUUCUUUCCAUUUCUGAAAUUCAACCCAUGAUAUCACCCAAUUCAAUUUCUAAACUCUAAUAUUAUAAUCUUCUAAUCUUUUAAACUACUCAAUUUACAAAUUUCUCCAACAAGAUGAAGAGAGAUCGCCAAGAAACCUCUGCUGGAGGAGGUGUGAAUAGCAACAACAACAACAAUAGCAACAACUUUGUUAGUGUACGAGGUGAAUCUUCAUCAAUGCAGAGCAACAGCUUCAACGGCACAAACGGGAAACAAAGUUUGUGGAGGGAAGAAAAAGAAAACAGCGGCGGAAUGGACGAGUUACUAGCGGCAUUAGGUUACAAGGUUCGUUCUUCAGACAUGCUUGACGUUGCUCAAAAGCUUGAACAGCUUGAGAUGGUGAUGGGUAGUGCUCAAGAAGAAGGAAUCAACCACCUUGCUUCAGAUACUGUUCACUACGACCCUACCGAUCUAUACUCAUGGGUUCAAACCAUGCUCACUGAACUCAACCCUUCCACCGAUUCACAAAUCAAUGACCCUUUAGAUGCUUCUUCUUCCAUCUUCAACGAUAACUCUCAGUAUGAUCUCAGUGUCAUUCCUGGAAUGGCCGCGUACCCACCUCAAAGCGUUACCCAGAACAACGAAAGCGAGGAUUCUAACAGCAACAAGAGAUUGAGGACAUGGGGGAGCGAAACGGAGUCGGAAGAUAUUUUUCUGCCGGCGGUGGCUUUGUCUCCGCCGGCGGAGACUACGAGACCGGUGGUUCUCGUUGACUCGCAGGAAACUGGGGUUCAUCUUAUUCACACUAUGAUGGCAUGCGCUGAUGCGAUUCAGCGUGAUGAUCUCAAGAUUGCUGACAGACUGGUGAAGAAUAUUGGGAUAUUGGCUUCGUCGCAAACCGGAGCGAUGGGGAAAGUCGCUUCGUAUUUCGCACAAGCACUUUAUCGGAGAAUCUACAGAGUCUCACCAGAUGAAACUCUGGAUUCGUCUUUAUCUGAUGCUCUUCACAUGCACUUCUAUGAGUCUUCUCCUUAUCUGAAAUUCGCUCACUUCACAGCGAAUCAAGCUAUUCUGGAAGCUUUCGCCGGUGCCGGAAGUGUUCACGUUAUUGAUUUUGGUCUCAAACAAGGGAUGCAGUGGCCGGCGCUUAUGCAAGCACUUGCAUUACGUCCCGGUGGUCCACCAAUUUUCCGGUUAACCGGAAUCGGGCCACCGCAGACGGGUAACACCGAUGCUUUACAGCAGGUGGGUUGGAAAUUGGCUCAGCUUGCUCAGACCAUUGGUGUUCAGUUCGAGUUUCGUGGAUUCGUUUGCAGCAGUCUCGCGGAUCUUGACCCGAAUAUGCUCGAGAUCCGACCCGGUGAAGCUGUUGCUGUUAACUCCGUUUUUGAGCUUCAUACCAUGUUGGCCCGACCCGGUUCCAUUGAUAGGGUUCUCAACACUGUUAAGAAGAUUAACCCUAAGAUUCUGACUAUCGUGGAGCAAGAAGCGAAUCACAACGGACCGGUUUUCAUGGACCGGUUCACGGAGGCUUUGCAUUAUUACUCGAGUUUAUUUGAUUCUCUGGAGGGUUCUUCUAAUUCGAACCAACCCGGGUCUGGUUCUUCGAGUCAGGAUCUGUUGAUGUCGGAGCUUUACUUGGGGAGACAGAUAUGCAACGUGGUGGCUUAUGAAGGUGUGGACCGAGUCGAGAGACACGAGACAUUGACUCAGUGGAGGUCGAGGAUGAGUUCAGCUGGGUUCGACCCGGUUCAUUUAGGUUCAAACGCGUUUAAGCAAGCGAGUACUCUGUUGGCUUUGUUCGCUGGCGGUGAUGGGUAUAGAGUGGAGGAGAAUAAUGGGUGUCUUAUGCUUGGGUGGCACACGAGGUCACUCAUUGCUACCUCCGCGUGGAAGCUUCCACUCAUUGAGUCCAAGUGAGUUGACUCGAUGGAGUGUUAAGAGCGAGUUUCAAUUAAUUUGAAUGGAAUAUUGGAUGGAUUAAUCAUGAAAAUAUGACCAAUUAGGGUGGAAGAUUAGUUGAAACUUGAACUUUGAUGUUGAUGACUGAAAAGUGACUCAGUGAGUGGGUGAGUGAGUGAACGAGCGAGCGAGGCAGGGUGAAAUAAAGAGUAAAAAAAAAAAGUUUUAAAAAACAAUGAAAGUUCUGUCUGUAAUUUGUAAUUGUAAUGUUAAUUUCGAUAUUACUAGUGUUUUUUCUUGCUCUAAAUUAAAUAAUUUUUUUAAUUAAUGAGCUAGAAGAUGUAUCUGUUUUUCUUAA